UUUUGGAGGAAUUUCGCGCUAGUAGCGACAAGGAUAAUUGGAUGAUUGCUUGGCGAUAAUGACCCGAUGUCCGACUUCUUGAAUCAGAACUUCUGUUUUUACGAAUAAUACCUUCUCAUUGAAUCUUCAGUUGGCAUUCAGACUUUCAAAAUGAAACCUACUUCAAUUCUCAGAUCUGGUGGUGACGGAGAGAUUGGAAAGUAUGGAAAGUGAGUAUUCACCUGUGUCUCCGUUGUGAAUGAGAAAGGAUCUUCACGGGUGUUCACGGGUCUUCACAGUAUGGCUUUCAACAUAUAUGGCAUGCUAAUGUUUAUCUCUACAGAUACUUAGGUGGAUGGGGUAACUUGGGUGAGUCUAGAUAUUUAUUCCCUAUGAUUGCUCGACAUUUCUGUCUUUUUUCCCCAGCACCAUUUGGCGCACAAAGUCGACACAUACGAACCCAGAAAGACGCAAACGGGGGUUUGACGAGGUCAAGGAGCAGAUGAACAUCGGAUCGCUGGGCGAGAAUUGACAGCAUGAGAUGAAUUGCGGGACCGAGAAAUGACCAGGAACCGUUGACUGAUAGUGGGAUAACCAGGCUCCCAACCCCAGAAGGGUGUCGCAUCAUACGCACUCAGCGCCAAUCGACAACGCCCUUUUGCCGGCGCUUUCAACGCAGCUAUCUUCAACACCUGGAGACGAUUCCGUGGCCAGGUUCUUUACGUUGCACCGCCAUUUAUUAUUGCAUACACUGCCAUGGAAUGGGCUAUUGAGAGGUUUGUCUAGUUGUUGGCAAUACAACCUAUGCUACGUUCUAACUAGUUUUGGUAGAAACGAAUACCUGAACUCUAAGCCGGGAAGAUUGGAAUAUGGUGGUGUGGAGGAAUAGAGCCUGGAAAGUUCAUGGCCACAUACUAAGCAGUAUUUGGUGUUGCUCCUUCGCUGAUCCCGCGAAAUUGAAGAAGUUUGGUGGCUAUGGGAAAGUUGAGGAACAAAAUUGGGGUGUACAGUAUUAGACCGGGAUUUUGCAAUGCAUCAUGGUUUAUAGAAACUAGCUCUAUUCAAGUAGACUGUGUAAUUUGUUGCUAUCUGUGAAGUC